AUCCUUUUCGCCACCCUAACAGAAGAGGGAAGGCAGAAAACGGUAGUCAGAGAAGAGUUUUCUCAGAAUGCCGUAGGGCUUUUAGAUUCCUAGUAUUUUAACUUUCUUACUUUCAGUUUGGCCCUUUGAAGUCACUUCCGCUUUGGGGCGGACGCGAGCCAAACCUGUGGCGGGAGUUGGAGAUUCUGCAGCGAAUACACCAGAAGUUGUUCGGCCAGCCCUCAGUUCUUCUUCAGGAGGAAUUAUUUUGUACAUAGGCAUAGAAUUGGUGUGUUCAUGGAGAAGGGAAAGGUUUCAACUUUUACCUUAAGUUCUGAUGUUUGCUGAAGGUUUUUGGUAAAAACUUGUAUCGUAUGAAGAGUAUGAUGCCUAGAGUUCAUAAGAUAAAAAAGUCUCUUCCACCUCAGAAUUCUUGUUUGACAAAUGAAUCUUAUAAACAGUUGGAUUUUUUGCCUGACAAACUAAGAGCAAAGCUGCUUCCUUUCCAGAAAGAUGGCAUUGCUUUUGCCCUCAGAAGAGAUGGCAGGUGUAUGGUGGCUGAUGAAAUGGGUCUAGGAAAGACAAUCCAGGCAAUUGCAAUUGCUUACUUCUAUAAGGAGGAAUGGCCGCUUUUAAUAGUGGUCCCUUCAUCUCUGAGAUACCCUUGGACAGAAGAAAUGGAGAAAUGGAUCCCAGAGCUAAGUCCAGAGGAUAUCAAUGUUAUUCAGAAUAAAACUGAUAUUGGGAGAAUAUCUACAAGCAAAGUGACAAUUCUAGGUUAUGGUCUUUUAACCACAGAUGCAGAGACUUUGAUAUGUGCAUUGAAUAAUCAGAAUUUCAAAGUUGUUAUAGUGGAUGAAUCACACUACAUGAAGUCCAGGAAUGCAACCCGCAGCAAGAUUUUACUACCAAUAGUACAGACAGCCAAACGAGCCAUUCUUCUUACAGGAACUCCAGCCUUGGGAAGGCCUGAAGAGCUUUUCAUGCAGAUUGAAGCUCUCUUUCCACAAAAAUUUGGAACAUGGACCGAGUAUGCCAAAAGAUACUGUAAUGCCCAUAUGAGAUUUUUUGGUAAAAGGCCUCAGUGGGAUUGUAGAGGGGCAUCAAAUCUGAAUGAACUUCAUCAUCUACUAAGUGACAUAAUGAUUAGAAGAUUGAAGACUGAUGUUUUAACCCAGCUGCCCCCUAAAGUCAGGCAGCGGAUUCCCUUUGAUCUUCCAUCAGCAGCUGCCAAGGAAUUGAAUACCAGUUUUGAGGAGUGGGAAAAAUUAAUGAGAGCUCCAAAUUCAGGUGCCACCGAGACUGUCAUGGUGAUUACUCGCAUGUUUAAACAAACUGCUAUUGCCAAGGCAGGUGCUGUAAAGGACUAUAUUAAGAUGAUGCUUCAGAACGAUUCACUUAAAUUUCUGGUGUUUGCUCAUCAUUUAAGCAUGCUCCAAGCUUGCACAGAAGCAGUCAUAGAAAACAAGACACGCUACAUUAGGAUAGAUGGAAGUGUUCCGUCUUCAGAAAGAAUACAUCUAGUUAAUCAGUUUCAAAAAGAUCCUGAUACUCGUGUGGCUAUCCUAAGCAUUCAGGCUGCUGGCCAGGGUUUGACAUUUACUGCUGCAACUCAUGUUGUAUUUGCUGAGUUGUAUUGGGACCCUGGUCAUAUAAAACAAGCAGAAGACCGUGCUCACCGAAUUGGACAGUGCAGUUCUGUGAAUAUUCACUACCUUGUUGCAAAUGGGACCCUAGACACCCUUAUGUGGGGAAUGUUGAAUCGAAAGACACAAGUUACAGGGAGCACACUGAAUGGUCGGAAGGAACAACUUCAGGCUGAGGAAGGUGAUAAGGAAAAAUGGGAUUUCCUGCAGUUUGCUGAAGCUUGGACUCCAAAUGAAAGUUGUGAAGAGCUCAGGAAUGAAAUUUUGUUCACUCAUUUUGAAAAAGAAAAACAGCAUGAUAUUCGAUCAUUCUUUUCACCAAAACCUAAGAAAAGGCAGUUGGUGACCUCCUGCGAUGAAUUGGGGAUAUUCCAGGAGAAAAAUACUGUCGUUUUGGCAAACCCUGGAAAAAUAGCCACGAGACAUAUCAUGGAUUAUGAAAGCAAUUUUGAGCCUGAAGGUAAAAGAUUAAAGUUGGUUACCGCCAAUGACCACCACAGUGCCCCAGAGGAGAAGCCAUCCUGGCUCAGGCAAACCACGGCUCCUGCCCAGGCAACCACCCCACCUCUUCCUGGAAAGGGCUGGCCGUGUGGCCUCUGCACCUAUAUCAAUAACUCCACGUUACCGUAUUGUGAAAUGUGUGAGAAUCCUCGAGGCGGUGCUGAUAGCCUUGGCGAUACCCAGGAUACAGAUGAAAAUGGGAAAGGUGAUCCUCAGAAAGACACAUACAACAAAGCUGGGACUAGUUCUGACUGUGAAAAACAAGGCCUUACACCCUCAGAACCUAAACCGUUGGCUGAGAGCAAGGAAGAAAUAGCGAAAAUUGAGAGAGAGGACGGACUCACACCGCAGCCAGGUGAUGAACAGUUGAAGAUCCCAGACAGUUUGCCAGUGUACGAUACCUUAAUGUUCUGUGCAAGUAAGAAUACUGACCGGAUUCACCUCUAUACUAAGGAUGGAAACCAGAUGAACUGUAACUUCAUUCCUUUGGAUAUAAAAUUAGACCUUUGGGAAGAUUUACCAGCAAGCUUUCAGCUGAAACACAAUCGCUCCCUGAUUUUGAGGUUUGUUCGAGAAUGGAGUAGUCUGACUGCCAUGAAGCAAAAGAUAAUCAGGAAAAGUGGGCAGCUGUUCUGUAGCCCAAUUCUUGCUUUGGAGGAGAUCACAAAGCAACAAACCAAACAAAACAGUACUAAAAGAUACAUCACCAAAGAAGAUGUUGCUGUAGCCUCACUGGACAAGGUCAAGAAUGAUGGGGGCCAUGUUCGUCUGAUCACAAAGGAGUCCAGGCCACAGGACCCUUCUACAAAAAAGUUCCUUGAUGAUGGAGUCUCUGUCCCAUUUCUAAAUCCCUGCAUAGCCCAAGCUGAUCUCGCUGUGAAGCCUUCUGUAUCCAAAGGCUAUCUGCAAGCUGUGGAUAAUGCAGGAAAUCCACUUUGCCUUCGCUGUCAGCAACCCACCUGCCAAACUAAGCAAGAGUGCAAAGUGAACGCUUGGGAGUCACGGUUUUGCUCUCUGAAAUGUCAGGAAGAGUUUUGGAUUCGAUCUAAUAACAAUUACCUGCGAGCCAAAGUAUUUGAAAUUGAACACGGUGUGUGUCAGCUAUGUAACCUAAAUGCACAAGAACUCUUUCUACGUCUGAGAGAUGCUCCCAAAAGUCAGAGAAAGACUCUACUGGAUAUUACCUGGAUCUCAAAGCUCCCAUUAGAACAGCUUAAUGAAAUGAUAAGAAACCCAGGAGAAGGGCAUUUCUGGCAGGUGGACCACAUCAAGCCCGUGUCCGGUGGCGGAGGACAGUGCUCCCUGGACAACCUGCAGACCCUCUGCACAGUCUGUCACAAAGAGAGAACUGCCAGACAAGCUAAGGAAAGAAGCCAGGGGAGAAGACAAUCUCUAGCAUCAAAGCAUGGAUCAGAUAUCACAAGAUUUUUGGUAAAGAAAUGAAGUAGAAAAAUUUUUCAAUGGAUGACAAAUGGUUUGCAUGUGGAGGAAUUUAACACGAAAAGUUUUGUCAUGUUUCUCAUUUAAAGAGUGAAAAUUUUCAGAGCAAAACUCAAGAAUUCAACUUUCCUUUUCAUAUUAUAUGCUUUUAGUGUUCGCUACCUUCUGAAAGUACUUAACACAAACUGAGAUACAAUAAUAAAUAUUUCUGUGGCCUUGA